AGGAUGUUUUUAAUGUUUUAUAUUUAGUUUUGUGUUCAUAUUAUCUUGGAAACUGCCCAGAGUGGCUGGGGCAACCCCCAAUGAGUGGGGAAUAAAUAAUAAUAAUUUCUUUAUUUAUAAAUUUAUAUCCUGCCUUCUCUCACAAAGGAGGAAAACAACAAUUAAAAAAAAAUCUUUUAAAACACAAUAUGGAUUCAGACUGGCAUAUAUCUCAACUAAAAAGGCUUGUUGAAAGACAAAUGUUUCCAGUAGGCACUUCACAAGCUCUGAUGUUCAGCCUGUGCCUGCAAAUUCCCUUUGACCCAGCUGAGUCUUUACCUGCCCAAUUGCUGAUUACACCCAUGACAACACCAGGUGUCAGGCUGCUGGGUGUGGUAUGACUGAAGGUGCCUUGCAGGCCAGGUGAGGAGAUCUGGCUGCCUUGAUGAGGUCCGUGGGCCAGAAGUGCCAUACUACUGCACCAAGUUAGAUUGCUAUGCUGCUAGCUUGCAGCAGAGCAAUCUAGUCAGUAUAUUUAUGGAGUGUAUUGUUUAGCAUAUUUAUGCUUAAUGGAUUACAAUGGUCAGCAAAUAGGAGCUAAUAGUGGGGAGCAAUCUGCUGCAUGAAAAUCCAUUCUUGUCAAAAGAAGCUCUCCCCUGAUAACAAUUUCUGCAGGAAAGAUAAGUAAAGCACUAGUGUUAUAAAAAAUAAAAAUUGUAGUAGCACCUUAUAGACCAACUAAGUUUGUUCUGGUAUAAGCUUUUGUGUGCAUGCACACUUCUUCAGAUACUCUGAAGCAGAAGUCACCAGACCCUUAUCUGGUGGGGUGGGGUUUUUCUCAGAAGGGUAGUAGGAGAUGGGUGAUUAGCUCAAUGGGUAUUGAGUCACUAUUGUUAACCUAUACUUAACAUAGACAACAUCUCUCUUUCUCUCUCUCUCUCUCUCUCUCUCUCUCUCUCUCUCUCUCACACACACACACACACACAGGCAGCUUAGGGACAUUCUAGCCUGUUGUUGCACCAACUCAGCAACCUCUAAGCCUCUAAGGCAAACUAAGGCCCAGGGGCCAGAUCUGGCCUAAUCGCCUUCUUAAUCCAGCCGUGGAUGGUCUGGGAAUCAGCGUGUUUUUACAUGAGUAGAAUGUUAGAAUGUGUCCUUUUAUUUAAAAUGCAUCUCUGGGGCAUUGUGGGGAAUAGGAAUUUGUUCAUUUCCCCCCCCCCAAAAAAAAAUAUAGUCCGGCCCACCAGAAGGUCUGAGGGACAGUGGACCGGUCCCCUGCUGAAAAAGUUUGCUGACCCCUGGUCUAAGCCCUCACUGUAGAAAGAGGUGUAGACUUGGACACCCCGGCCAAGUCUACAUCCAUCAGCUAUAAAAACUCAAGACUCUGGACAUAUUACUUCUUAGAGAUCUGUGGUAAUGAAGGCCCUGAACCUUGCCUUCCUCUGCCUACUCAUUUUAGCAUCCGAGUCCAAAAAGUAUCUAAAAUGCGAGCUGCAAGAUGAAUUAAUAAGACGAGGACUGGAUGGUUACCACGACAUUGGAGUAGGACACUGGUUGUGUUUGGUCCUGUUCGCAAGUCAGUUUGACACGCAACACUAUGAGUACACAGAUGGCCAUCCAUACUAUGGAAUAUUUUAUUUGAGUGGUCUGUUGUGGUGUGACAAUGGAAAGCAUCCCACAAAAAACCUAUGCAGUAUUGACUGUGAGAAGUUUCUGGAUGACAAUAUCGCAGAUGAUGUUGAGUGUGCAAAGAAAGUUUCUGCAAGCAAGAAUGGGAUGUUAGCUUGGAAGCCCUUUGAAGAAUACUGCCUACAUCCUAUGCCUUCCAUACUCUAUUGGGAAUGCAAUAAGCCUUGAAAUACAGGCAUCCAUUUAUUAUUACCGUAUUUUCACCACAAGCUGUUCUGAUUGGAUAGGGUAGUUAGUGGUACUACAUCCUGCAUCAGCUAACUGAUGAAGGCGGCAGGCCUAAAACCGGAGGACCAUUUGAUCAAAUGACAGGAUAAUCUUCAAAAUUAACAAACACCUUUUUUUUUUUUUAAAGAGAAUCUUCCUGAAACCCUCAACUUGGAUGAAUCCUAUAAACGUGUCUCAAUUGAUUCCAUUCAGACAAAGAUUAUAUGAAAAUAUUACAUCAGAAUCAAGUCAAUAUAGAUAGCAUCGAGUACUCUUCUGAACUUGGGAAAAAAACCAUUGGGAUGGAUCCAGGUUAGGUUAGUUACACUUACUUCCCACUGAAAUAAAUGUGACUUCAGU